AUGGACUCUAAUACCAAUAAAAAUGAAAAUAGCCAGAUCUCUCAAAUUUCAAAUGAACAAAGUUCCUCUAAAAUUGAAACAGAGUCAAAAAAUUCCGACCGUGAAUAUUCUGAAAACAUCAAUUAUUAUCAAAAAUAUAUUGAAUUGCUAAAAGAAAAUGAAAAACGUAAUGACUUCAGAAAAUUAAUUGAAAAACAAAUUUUAAAUAUAAGUUUAGAUAUAGAUCAACAAAAAACCAUUGAGGAAAUUAAAAUUCUGGAGGGGAAUAAUCACAAGUUGAUUAAAGAAAAUGAAAGAUUGGUUAGAGACAAUCAAGCUUUUACAUAUGAAUUAGCCAGAUAUCAGCAUGAAAUAGAGCCACAAGACAAAGAAAAAAUUAAAAAUUUAGUAAUACAAAACAUUAAUUUGUCUAAUGGUCAAAGAAUAAUUAAGGCACUUUAUGAUAAGAAAACUGCUAGUUUGAAUGCAGAAAAGGAAAAGGAAAGACUAUCCUUCAAUGAGAAAAUUAGAAAGUUAGAAAAAGAAAAGGAAAAUAACAAUGAUAAAUUACUGCAAUAUAAGAAUUAUGCAGACAAUAAGAUUGGUGAGCUUGAGGCAGAUAUUCACAACAAAGUUGUUAUGAUUGAGGCUAUAGAAAAAUUGAAAAAAGAAAAUUCAAUUGAUCAAUCUGCAUUAAAUUUUCAAGAUGAAAAUAAUUCAGCUCAACUUUCAACUGAUAUAAAUUCUUUACAGAAUAAUCUUGAGAGAUAUAAUUAUAUGGGAAAUAUAAUUUGGGUACUCAAAAUCUAA